AUCCGUUUUAUUUAGUCAGCGGCUGACACAAGCUCCAUAUCAUCUAGCAUUACUCGUCUUUCCUCGCAAAUUUUCAAAGCUUUUGGCAAUCCGCGGGGGCACGACCAGUGAACAAGGCCAUUUAAACCGUAGCUUGUAAGUUAUAACAUCGAUACUGUCGCCAUUGCGUUGUGUUGCUCGCCGGAGUCUCCCCACCAACCCCCACCCGUUGCAGGUAUGGCUCAAUCAGCUGGUAACAGCUCUGGGAAGAAGCUUAUUCGUAUAGAUGUCAGCUCAGACACAGUAUGCCCAUGGUGCUUUGUGGGUAAAAGAAAUCUGGACAAAGCUAUAGCUUCAUUGAAAGAUCAAUUUGAUUUUGAGGUUAAAUGGCACCCCUUUUUUCUUAACCCCACUGCUCCAAAAGAGGGUGUUAAUAAGAAAGAGUAUUACAAUGAGAAGUUUGGAUCUCGAUCUGAACAAGUUGAAGCUCGGAUGUCAGAGAUAUUUAGGGGUCUUGGGAUGGAGUAUAACAUGACUGGACUCACGGGAAACACUCUGGAUAGCCACAGGCUUAUAUAUUUUGCUGGACAACAGGGCUUUGAUAAGCAACACAAUCUUGUAGAGGAGUUAUGCCUCGGCUACUUUACACAGGGAAAAUAUAUAGGUGACCGGGAAUUUCUUGUUCAGUCGGCUAGAAAGGUUGGAAUAGAAGGAGCAGCGGAGUUUCUUGAGGAUCCCGAUAAUGGGCUCAAGGAGAUUACUGAAGAGCUUAAGGAGUACUCGACUGGUAUCACAGGAGUUCCAUUCUAUCUGAUUAAUGGGAAGCUCAAGUUGAGUGGUGGCCAACCCCCUGAAGUCUUCGUAAGAGGCUUUCAAGUGGCCGUGAAAUGACAGCAACUGGCACCUAAUAGCUUGUUCUCAUAUUAAAUAAGUAUGUUAUCUUAUUUGUUCUCCCAUGAAAAAUUAAAAUGGAUUGUUGACAGAAUUGCUGUUUCUUCCAAAUGCUUGUGCAUGUUGAUAUUUCAUUAGCGAAGAAUUCAGUAAGGAAGCUAUUUGGUUCAAGAAAAAUUGGCUUUACUGACAAUAUGCAAAUUGCCUACAAAUAUAAGAGUUCCUAUGAGUUUGUCUUA